AAUGAAUACAUACUUUUAAAAAUAAAUGAAUAAUGACAUUAUAAAUGGAAUCAUUGAAUUUGGUCAUAUCAGUGGAUUUAAUACAAUUUUAGCAUAAUUAAAUGGAAAUCCGAAAUAGGCCAGUGGUCAAAUUGAAAAGAUAAUUGUUUUAAUCUAAUAUGAGCACACCUUUUAUGUUAUGUACUCCAGUCACGUUUUCUUUUAGAAGCAACUGUCUUGAUGUUAAUUUUUCAAUCUGUUUUACAAAAUGAUUGGACUUGUAUUGCUUGCUUACAUGAUUACAAAGCUGUUGAGUUGUUGUGAAGCUCAAAUAGACGGCAAGACACUGGGAUUAUAUUACGAGAAAAUAAAAGAAAAUUUAAAACCAAGUCAUUUAUCACCAGAUACUUAUCCAGAGUUGAAAUCAGAGUUAUACCAAGGUGAUAUAUUAUUGCCAGUUACUAGAAAUGCUAUAAUAUCAGAAUAUUAUAAAUGGCCAAAAGGAAUAAUACCCUACAUUUUAAGUCCUAAUAUUAUGCCGGAAGACCGGUUAAAGAUUAGAAAUGCUAUGGACUUUUUAGAAUCAAAAACAUGUUUAAAGUUUACUGACAAAAAUGAUAAUAAAUCUACGAAUAAAAUAAAUAUUGGGCACAACGAAUAUUUGUCUAUUCAAUCGGAAAAAAGUAAAGGUUGUUAUGCGAUGAUAGGUUACCAUGAAAACUACGGAAUGCCUCAUAAGAUGAAUUUGGAAUCGCCUGCUUGCCUAACUAGUCAAGGCACUAUACAGCAUGAGCUGUUGCACGUGGUUGGAUUACUUCACGAACAGGCACGGUAUGAUCGAGAUAAUGCUGUUAUUAUUUAUUGGGAAAAUAUUGAUAAAGUGUAUUGGCAAGAUUUUGGUAAAGUUCCAGAAAAUGUUACUACUACAUUUGGAUUACCAUACGAUUACACUAGUGUGAUGCAUUAUCCGCGAUAUGCAUUUUCAAAAAAUGGUUUGGAAACCAUCGUAGCUAAAUAUGAUCAGAGUAUGGCACUGGGUCAAAGAAAUGGUGCAACUUCAACAGAUAUACAAAAAGUAAAUUUAAUGUAUAACUGUUCUGGAACUAGUUCAUACAUAUCAAGUACUACAAGUUAUUUAACAAAUAAGUUCAAAGUAUUUUAGUUCGAUGGUAAAGUAGUUAGUUAAACAUUAUUAAGUGAUAAUUGUAAAAAUCGAUAAUAAAUAACCCAAUUUGGUUAUAAAUGUAUUAAUGUAUAAACUGUCAUAUUGUAACGUACAUAAAAAUAAUGUUGGAUGUUAAAAAUUUUAAGAUUUUUUAUAAUUACAUCGAUAAAAUUAUUUUACUUAAAAUAUAUUUUAACAUUAAGUGACUAUUUUU